GGCAAAACGACGGGGAUAGCAUGAAUGUUGUUGUUUCUCGUUCAGUUGGAUUUGUCCAGUCGUAGUGUGCUAUACCGCGAGAAGUCGAAAAUUUUCGGAUAGUGUGAAAAGUGAUCACGGCUUAUCGUGGUUAAAUGUGAUUUUUUGAUACAGCAGGACGUUAUUAUUCUAGAAUGGCCGAUGGUAGCAGCCCGCAGGAUGGUAAUGGAGGACGAAGCCGCGCCAGAGGAUUUACUGGUUCCUCUCGCGGUGGAUACAAUGGUGGAUCGUCACGUGGCAACAACCGACACAGUAGUGGAGCCGGAUGGCCAGGGUCGGAAGAGCAUGCCCCAAGAGGACAAGUGGGCAGUUUCCAACACCGUGAUAGUUUGCCCGGUAGCAGUCGUUCAUCUCGGCCCUAUUCGCCACCGCCAAGGGCGGAUGAGUCUAAAAUACGUCCUGUGGACGAGAUGGCUGCACUUGUUCAUAAAACGGAGUCCUCGGGUGGCCAAAGGGGACGUGGAGCUGGAGCAGCUGGCCGAGGUGGAAUGAGAGGCAAGCGGUUUCUACCGGAGAUUUGUCGUACCAGAACCGAUACAACUGUUUCAAAGCAAGGUUCUAGCGGAAGACAAGUGAUGCUGCAGACAAAUUAUUUCCGUAUAGUGCGAAAUGAAGACGAACGUAUUUUCCAGUACAGAGUUGAUUUUACUCCACACGUUGAGAGUAACAAACAAAUGAAAUCUCUCAUGUUCAACUUGAAGUCUAACAUUGGGGGAUAUUUAUUCGAUGGCACAAUGUUAUUUACCCGAAAUAAACUUUGUACUGAAGAGAUCACGUAUACUACAAAAGAUAGCACUACAGAGGAAGAGUAUGUCGUAAAACUACGACGAACUGGCGUAGUAGACGGUACAAACGAAACUGCAUUUGUUAUUUUCAACUUGAUUAAUCGUAAAGCUAUGGCCGGUUUAAAGUUGCAGCUGAUUGGUCGCAGUUAUUUUGACGCUGAAGCGAAAGUGUCUGUUAGACAGUACGGCAUUGAGCUGUAUCCUGGAUACGUUACUAGCAUCCGGCAGCACGAAAAAGAUGUUUUGAUGUGUGCAGAGUUAACGCAUCGAGUCAUGCGCACGGACACCUGUUAUUCACUGUUUGAGCAGUGUAUGAAUCAGAGAGGCAAUUUCCGCGAUAAUUAUAAACGAAUGGUUUUGGGUUCUGUUGUAAUGACCACGUAUGGAAAUAACAAAACAUACACAAUUUCCGACGUGGAUUUCAACGUAACCCCAGAGAGUUCUUUUGAGACCAAAAAUGGAUCGCUCACCUUUAUGAAGUACUUCAAAGAUCGCUACAACGUAAAUAUAAGAGAUCCCCGUCAACCGAUGUUGGUGUCUCGACCAAAGUCGCGCGAUAUUCGGGCUGGUCUACCAGAGUUGAUCUACUUGGUCCCGGAAUUGUCACGUAUUACCGGUAUCACAGAUGAUAUGCGCAAGGACUUCCAUUUGAUGCGUGCCCUUGCUGAUCAUACACGUUUAACACCUGACAAACGCAUUGAGCGAUUAGAAGUGUUCAAUAGACGCUUGCAGCAAUGCAAAGAUAGCAGCGAAAUCUUCACUUUUUGGAAAACAGAAUUGGACCGUCGUUUGGUUGAAGUACCAGCACGCGUACUGCCGCCGGAAACUGUGUUUUUUCAUCCGGAGCAGGCUAACUAUCAAAUGCUGGCGGGCGAUAUGGCUGAAUGGCAAAUGGCAUUCCGCAACAAUCCCAUGUAUCUGACUGUUGCGCUCACCAACUGGGUGGUCGUAGUUCCUGGGGGUAGUGAGCGAUUAAUUGCCGAUUUUCUUCAAUGUUUGAAACAAGCGGCCCAUGGAAUGCACUUCCAGGUUGAAGAUCCCCGUCGGGUGGUCAUUCCGAACGAUUCUCCUGUUGUGUAUGUCGAACAACUCAGCCAAAUUUGUCAGCGCGAUCCACAGCUAAUAAUGUGCUUAGUAACGAAUGACAAAGUUGAUCGUUAUGCUGCUAUUAAAAAGAAGUGCUGUGUAGAACGUGCAGUUCCUACUCAGGUUAUGAAAACACGCACUAUUACACCCAAAGGCGGGAAUGUUCGUACACUUAUGUCUGUUGCCACCAAGGUUGCCAUUCAGAUGAACUGUAAACUCGGUGGUAUUCCAUGGGUUUUAAAAAGUCCUUUGUCGUCAGUCAUGGUACUAGGAUUUGAUAUCUGCAAAGAUUCAAAGGACAGAUCCAAGGCUUACGGAGCAUUAGUAGCGUCAAUGUAUGGAGGAGGAAUUAAGCAUCCCAAGUAUUUUUCAACGGUUAACCAGCACAGUAAUGGCGGGGAAUUGUCCAGCUUUUUAGCUAUAAAUGUAAUCAAGGCCAUCCGUGCAUAUCAGGGCAGUUUUGGCGGUGCGUUACCGCAGCGUAUUGUUAUUUAUCGUGACGGUGUUGGCGAUGGUCAACUAAAUUAUGUCUUGGAACACGAGGUAGCUGCCGUCAAGGAAAAGUUAGAUGCAGCCUACAAAACAACUGAAAUGCCAUCGCGGUUGACCUUCUUCGUAGUGAAUAAGCGUAUUAAUACACGUCUUUUUGAGAACAGACGCAACCCGCCACCAGGAACAGUAGUUGACGAUGUCAUCACUUUGCCUGAAAGAACUGACUUCUAUUUGGUGUCACAAAGUGUACGCCAGGGCACAGUCUCACCAACCUCCUACAACAUCCUGCGGGACGAAUCUGGUCUCAAUGCUGAUAGACUGCAGCAGUACACUUUCAAGCAAACGCAUCUUUACUACAACUGGUCUGGAACGGUUGGCGUACCGGCUGUUUGCCAGUAUGCGCACAAGCUAUCUGCCCUUGCCGGACAGUUUUUGCAUCAGACGCCCAGCACUUGGCUGGAGAAGAAACUUUAUUACUUGUAAGAUAGUUGUAAGAUGUUCAAUGCUAUGUGCGAAUUUCUUUUACUUUUGCGAUAAUCAUAUUAAAUAUAACACUGUCUUAGACGUUUAAUCUCCCA